GCGGGGAUUUGACACGAGGAAUAUCUGGAAAUAAUAUUUGAAGAUCAGUUAUUUUCAGAAAAACGUGAUGCAGAUUCUAGACGAAUGUAUUAUCGCCCACAGAUGAAUUAAAAUAUUGCAACACAUUCUAUUGCACAGGCAUCGGAGCAGAUAUUAGAGUUGUCCUGAAAAGAAAAUACCUUUCCACUCUCUGGGUAGAAGGAGAAAAUUUGGAGACGAUCAUGUAAUAGGAGGUCAAUGUUCAAUGUAUCUACAAGAGAGAGCAGAUGAUGUAUAGAUCAGAAUAUGAAGACAACUGGGGGGAAUAUGAAACCUUACAACAUUACCCUGAGUGUGAUGGAGAUGGAGACACUGAAUCUGACCUUGAUGAUCUUGAGGUCAGACUUUACAGUCAGAUUCACCAUGGAAAUAUAGAUGAUGAGGAGCAAGAAACCAGUGACCAACAAAAUGAAGUGUUACUUAAAUCACCUAUUAAAGAUAAUGAUUAUACAUUAUCUAAAAUUGCUGUGUCUAAUUUAUCAACAACUGUGGCUAGUAAUAAGGCAAAGCAAGAGACUUCUAAAUCGAAUGCUUCAAUAAAUCUUGAACAUUUUUUAACUAGAAGUGGUGAUGGGGAUAAAAGUGAUGAAUCUGAUCAAGUUAUAACUAUCAAUCAAAUCAAAAAGUCGAAGAAAAACAAGGAAAAAACAGAAUGUAAAAACAAAAGACAAUCUAGGUUUGGAGAAGAUGAGGACUCUAUCACUCAAUGUAAAACCAAAAAGAAAAAGGUGAAAACUAAAAGAUAUCUUGAAAAAACUGAUUUAAAGCAUGCUGAUGGGAAGAUUGAUAGUUCAUCCUCAGAUGUUGAGGAUAUAAUCGAAGUUAGUCCCAAGACUAAGCCUACUAAGGUCGACUGUAUUGUAGUGACUGAUACUGAGGAUGAAGUGAUUGUGUUAGGUGACAGUGAUACAAAUAGUGAUACAACAAACAUUGAUUCAGCUGAUGCGAUUGAGGACGACAGAAUCAACCAAGGUAGUGAAGACAUUUGCAAAAAAUCAAGUGAUGAAGUUAUGUCCUUUGAUGAAGAUUCAAAUGACAAUGAUGAAGAAUAUGAGGAUGUAGAUGAGUCUAAGACAGAUGAAAGUGAAGACGAUGAUGAAGAUGACGUAAGUGAUGAAAGCAACAAUAAUGAGGACAUGGCUCUAGAUAUUGAUAUAGACACUGACGAUGAGGAUGACAUUAAGGUUCACACAUCAGGAAAGCCUGCUAUUGUUCUGGACUGUUCUGAACUUAGUGAUAUCGAAGAUAUGAGUCUUGGGGACAUUCACAAUGCAAUGGGAGAGUGUGAUUGGAGUAUUGACCCUGCGGACAUACCACAGUUCCAUGUAUCCACUAGGGGGCGCUACUUCUUGAAGAGCAUUGAGUGCCGCAACUGCAGGAAGCGCGGACAUUUAUCUAAAGAAUGUCCAAAACCAAAGAAAAUAGCUGUUUGCAUUCUGUGUGGGUUGGAUGGCCAUCUCCAGAGAAACUGCCCCAACUCUCUCUGCCUCAACUGUUCACUCCCUGGACACAUUCAGAGGAACUGUGGAGCACCUCAGAAAUCUAGGUACAUAGAAUGCAAUAGGUGCCACAUGUAUGGGCAUAUAAAUAGGGAGUGCCCAGAUCAUUGGAGGCAGUUUCAUCUAUCAACAAUUCCUGGGGAGAAACUUGUAAUGGGAAGUAAGAAGUAUCGUGAGAAUGAGAUCACAUGUUGCUACAACUGUGGUAUGGACACACACUUUGGACAUGAAUGUGAUGAGCCAAGGAUUAAUCAGUACAUCAACCCCAACUUACCAUUUGUACAACAAUACAACAGGAGUGUAUCUAUCCAAUUAGAGCAAGGUUUGUUUGACUGUUCUGAACAUGAACAGGGGCCACCUCAUAAGAAACACCAUAUAACAUUUGGUGAACAUGAUAAUACUCAUGAACCACCUAAAAAAAGAUUUAAAGCCAAAAAUCAGAAAGAACCACAAAACUUGAUGUCCGUUCAAGUCAACAAGAAAUGGGCCAGCUUUGCUCAAAAUGUCAGUGAAAGAUUACAAACUAAAGUGACAAAAACCAAAAGUAAGAAACAAAUGCGCAAAGAAAAGGAGCUUGAAAGAGCUAAUCAGCAUUAUGCUGAACAUAUAGCUUUAAAGCAACACGCUUCUGGUGAUUUUCCCCGAGGUAAAAAACAGAGUUCAGAUUUUAAGCACAGCAGAAUGCAGGAAAAUUUAACUAUACGAAUACAGGAGGACAAGCAAGAAUCUAAUGCUAGAAAAGUUGGAAAAUGUAAACAGAAAAAGAUGGCCUGGUGGGAAGGUAAUAGAAAACAGAACAAACAGAAUGGAAAGUCUGCUUUCAAUGAUGAACAUGGCACUGAAUGGUGGGAUAAAAACGCAAGAAAACAUAAAAACAAGCAACAGAAAAUUCAAAAUGAGAAGCAUGAUACAAACCUGCAGCAGUCAAAUACGGGAUUGUUCCAGAAUAAAGGAAAACAAAACAAGAAAAAUCAAGGUAGAGGAGGUUUUAAAGUUACAGUAUCUAAUAGAGGCUUCCGCACUGCUCAUAGGUAGAGGUAGAGGAAGGAAAAAAUAAUAAUGACAUAUUCAUAAAUUCAACAUGGACAACUGGAUGUACAUCAUGGGACAUGUUUAAGUGUUGAUAAAAAGUAACAUUUUUGAAUAAUAAUGACCUUUAAAUGAUGACAAUGCCAUUCAGAAGUGACAUUCAAUUGAUUUAUAAUUUGUGUCAGCUAUGUUGAUAUUUGUGGUCCAACCAGGUGAUGCAUAGCUUAAUCAAUUAAAGAAUGAGAAACAUGGGAGUAACAUAAUAAAAAAUGUAAACAAAGAUCGGUGUUUGUUUUAGUUAUACAGUUCUUAAUUUUGGUGGAGAUGAACAAAUGAACAUUAGUUCUGGUAACAUUUGCUUAUGGCCAACUGAGAUUAUUGUAUUCCAACUUAUUCCAAUCUAUCAAACAUCAAACUAAGAAAUCAG